GUGGAGAGGGAGGAACGAUGAAGAGGGGGAGGGAAAGAGGGGAAGGAAGGAGGGGCCAAAAAGGUCUAGCAUUCUAAGAUGACUGACACACCUUAUGAAUCACUAGCUGUGCUAUUUAGUGGUGGAGUUAAAACGUUUCAUUGAGUGUGAUGUUACGGAGAAGCCUAUCUUCUACCAUACAGUCUUCAGUGAUCCCCUUCCAUAGUCUUCCUCAACAGUUACUUAUGACGAUCAGCUUGGCAUAUAUUGUGGUGUAAGACUGAUCAUCUGAUGGUGGCUGCAUUUCUGUGGUGAUGGAUAGGUAUGGAUUUUUAAAGCACUCUGGGAUUCUUCAGGAAGAAAGGUUUACAGAAGAGGAAAAUGGCUCAAGAAACUAACCAUAGCCAAGUGCCUAUGCUUUGUUCCACUGGAUGCGGAUUUUAUGGAAACCCUCGUACAAAUGGAAUGUGUUCAAUUUGCUAUAAAGAACACCUUCAAAGGCAGAAUAGUAGUAAUGGUAGAAUUAGCCCUCCUGCAACUUCUGUCAGUAGUAUAACUGAGUCUUUACCAGUACAGCACACAGAAGGCAGUGUCCCGGAAACUCAGUCAACAUUAGACUCUACAUCUACCCAGUCUACGCAGCCAAGUCCUGUGUCAAACCAGUCACUUUUAACAGAAUCUGUAGCAUCAUCCCAAGCAGAAAUUACAGCUGUGGACAAAACAGUACCUGAAACAGAAGAUUUGCAAGCUUUAGUGUCAGAGAGUGCAGAGUCUACAUCUGAAGAACAAGACAAGUCACUUGACAAACCAAAACAGAAAAAGAAUCGCUGUUUCAUGUGUCGGAAGAAGGUGGGACUUACUGGGUUUGAAUGCCGGUGUGGAAACAUUUACUGUGGGGUGCACCGUUAUUCAGAUGUACACAGUUGCUCUUACAAUUACAAAGCUGAUGCUGCUGAGAAAAUCAGGAAAGAAAAUCCUGUAGUUGUUGGGGAAAAGAUUCAGAAGAUCUGAACUGCUACUUCUGCUGGAAUAUAAAAUCCCUAGACCAUCUGCAGAUUAAAUUGACUUGAGCUUUUUCCUUAGUCAUCAGGAAUGUAGAGCAGUGUAUCUUGCCUAGACCUUUUAAUCAUGCAUGUCAUCAGAAGAAUAGAUUUUUUUUGUUUUUGUUUUGAAAAU